GCUGACCAGCCUCACGGCGCAGCCCGACCGCGACCGGCCCUUCGUCGUCAACGCGUGGGCAACCUGUACGGCCUGGGCUACCGCGUGGGCAAGUCGAUCAAGGUGCGCUUCGAGAGCGUGCCGGAGCUCAUCGCCGUCAUCAACGCGCCGCCCACGCACUUUGACAUCGUCGACGGCAAGGAGGUGGUGGUCAACCCGCGCACCUUCAACGGCUACGGCUCCUCCACGCGCCUCUCCAACGCCGAGGGCGUCGCAUCGUCCUUCACGAUCUCGCGCGACCUCGUCCACACCACAGCCACCUCCGUAGAUGCGAGCGCAAGGGCCAAGGUGGUGGCUGUGGUGGCCAACGCGGGAGUUCAAUUUGAGGAGAUGAAGAAGCGGGCCAACGAGCUGGGCCAGUCGACGGUGGAGCAGAUCUCGGUGUCGCGCGAGCUGGUGGCAUCGGGCGACGACGUGGUGUUGUACAUGUCGACCACGCGCGACCUGUGGAAGCUCCCCAUCGUGGACCAGAACGGCGCGCAGGUCGGGUCGCUGGACAUCUGGGCGUCGUCGAGCUGCGGCGAGGACUGCGUGCAGAAGGGCGACGGGCGCGACCUGUGGUGGUUCACGCCCGACCACGAGCCCUUCAACGUGCUCACCUACUCGUCGCGCGCGCCCGAGGACUUCAACCCGGCCAACCGCAUCAUGGUGGGCGAGAAGGUCACCCUCGGCCCCAACGAGCACCAGAGCUCGAGUAAAGCCGAGACCAAGAUGGGCGGCCAACACAACUCGACCGCGGCCGACAAGAGCCUUUCGGUGGGCGUGAAUAUCAACCAGAACUUGGAGUUCAGGGCCUCGUUCCGUGGGCGUGGCAUGGCUUUCGAUACACCGGACCUCAUCAACAUUAACAUACAAGGCACGGGCGCCGCGGGACACGAGCGACGACGACGAGGCAUCGCAAUUGCGAAGGGCGGCGAUCGAGCGCGACGUGUCGGUGGUGUGCUACGUGGAGCCCAUCAACCCGGAGCACGCCUACCGCGUGCAGCCCUUCGUGUGGAUGGCGCGCGCGCCGGACGGCCGCGAGUACCUCAAGGUGGCCUACACGGCCGAGCCGGGCUACUACCCGGGCGUGUCCACGUGGUGGGAGCGCACCUACAGCAAGCCCGACCCGACGUUCAACCUGCCCUGGUGGUGGACCACGUUCAAGCGCGACCGCACGAUGCUGACCAAGGAGAUGGUGGCCACGCCGGCGGUGCCGCGCGAGGGCGAGGUGGUCGAAGUGGCGGUGACGGUGCGCAACAAAGCGCUCGUGGACGCGCGCAACGUGAAAGUGGCGCUGUGGCGCGGGAGCCCGACAACUGCCUCGACGAGGCGUGCCUGCUCGACGACAACGCCCUCAUCGGAAUCGAGGAGGUGGGGCUGAUCCCGAGCCAGGGCAAGCGCGAGGUGUGGUUCCUGUUCCGCUUCGACGGCGUGCAGAACAUCCACGCGACGAUCGACGACAACGACGAGCUCGACGAGAUGCACGAGGACAACAACCACGCCUACAGCCUCUUGUUCCACGACAUGGCCAACAGCGGCUACACGCUGCAGACCCUGCGGCUCGACCCUGCCAUCGCGGUGAGCCCCGUGGUGGCGAGCGACGGGAGCGGGUUGACGACCGGGUACCACGUGACGGCGACGGUGCUGGGCGACACGUUCACGCGGGCCAACGUGCUCGUGCAGCUGUGGCACGGCGGCGUGGGCGGCACGGGCCGUCUCAUCGGCACGGUGCUGGUGCCGCGCGUGACCGGCUCGACGAACGAGACCAAGAGCUCCGAGGUGUCGAUCUUCUGGGCGACGCGCAACCCGACGCUGUUCGGCAAGCAGGAGCUGCACGCGGUCAUCCUGCACUCGGGCUUCUCGACGGAGGCGGCCAACGUGAUCUCGCACGUGUCGCGCACGGUGAGCGUGGCGUGCUACGGGCGCGUGGACGCGUGCGGGGUGUGCGGGGGCAACAACGGGACGUGCGGCGGGUGCGACGGGGUGGCGCUGUCGGGCAAGACGGUGGACGCGUGCGGCGUGUGCGGCGGCACUGGAUCGACGUGCUGCAUUCCCAAGCCGGCGCAGGCCCAGUGGCACUCUGUGCGCAUCGACCACCACCACAACAGCAACAUCCACAACGGCGACACCAAACGCACCAGCACCAACGGGUCCAGCACCGCUGCUGCCAGCGCCUCGUCGUCGUCAUCGUCGCUGGUGACGUGGGUGCGCGUGGGCGACUUGGUGGUGUGGGAAAACUUGCUCGAUCGCAAGGUGGAGAUCACAGGCGGGGCCUACGACUACAAUGGCGCGCCCGCGGUCGAUCUGUCGCGGUUCAACGGCCAGCCAGACCACGACCGCGACCACGACCAGGUGGACGACCAUGGCCUCGGCGUCUUGCUCGCGCAGUGGAUCAAAGACCUCGUGGAAGUGGCCGUGGAUCCCUCUGGUGGCAGGCACGGACCGGCGCCGGACUCUACAACGAAGCGGGUGACGAGUCCGGUCGGCAACGCUUUCUUCGAGACCCGUUCGACCCGUCGGAAGAGAUCGAACGACGGCAGCCCCACGGACAGCGCUGGUGCGGCGGACACCGACGACGACGGCGACAAGGAGGAGGAGGAGCAGUAUGCCAUGAGCGGCGUCUGCUGCGGCCCGACUGCAGACAAAGACGACCACGAUGACGAUCACAACCGCCGAGUUGCGCGUAGGCAAGCCAACGCGCGGUGGUCGUCCCCGCCCAGUGGGCGCAGCAGCAGCAGCGGCAGCAGGUCGCUGCGCGCGUUGGUGGUGUCGAAGCUCGUGGAGCUGCGGCAGCAGCAGCUGCUCCAGCCCCUGUCGCCAGCGAUCGCCAACUCGACCGGCACACCUAGCCCUCUUCUUCCCGCAGCUGACUGGGCCAUCGCGCGACGGACCGCGGCCAAGCACGCCUCAUCGACGAGCAGUGAAACCCGCUGCCUCUGUCGGGCAAAACGAAACGGGGACGAAACGUCGUCGCUCGGCAUCGGACCGUCAGGGUCGGGGUCGGGGUCGGCUGGCCUGGGCGUCGGGCCGUCGGGGUUGGCUGACCUGGCCGUCAGAGCGGGGUUGGCCGGCCUGGGCGUCGGGCCGUCGGGGUUGGCUGGCCUGGGCGUCGGGCCGUCGGGGUUGGCCGGCCUGGGCGUCGGACCAUCGGGUUCCGCUGGCGUCGGCCGCAAGUUGGCCCAGUCAGCCAUUCGGGCCGCGCUCGGCAUCGAGGGCGGCCCGAAGGACUUUGUGGCGCAGCUCGACACGAUGGACAACCCGGCCAGCCAGGCGCUGACGAUCAUCGAGAAGGCGCCGGGCGCGAUCAGCGCGGUCCUCGACCCCGCGGCGCUUGUGGCCCAGGCCGGCGAAGCUCUCACGGCCAUCGCGUCUAACCCGCUGACACUCCUGGACGCGACCACGUUGCCCGGAGCCCUGGCAGCCAUGCCGGUGCAGUAUUCGCUCAACAAGCUCGACGACAUGCUCAAGAAAUGCCAGGACGAGGCGCCCCAGGGCUGCUCCGCGCAGUGGGUGAUGUCCUCCGCCGGCCGGGUCGGUGUGGGCGUGAUGCGCCACGGCGUAGCAAUGGGCGUCGCCUUCCUCCCGAUGGCCGCGGGCAUGCCCCCGAGCCCCAUGGGCAUCAUAGGCAGCAUCCUACCUUUGAUAAGGGACCUGAUAGCGGGCGUCAGCAUGGGAAUCAAUCGGGUCAACUCGGGAGCGCCAGCUCUGACAGACAGAGCGCCCCUCAGAUUGACGAACGCCAGGUCCACCACCGAGGCCGAGGCGAGCCCCAACAACGAGACAAUGAGCGCUUGGGCCGAUCCGGCACAGCAGCAGCAGCAGCGAGGCCUGCGCAGCCUCAUGGCGGGUUCCAGACCCAGCGGCGGGGCCAAGUACAGCACGACGCUGGUCGACGCGGUGGCCGCACCCGGGAGCGACGGGCGGCGGUGCUGGCGCCGGGGCGGCGAGCGUGCCGCACCGGUUCUUCAGCCCGGGCCUCUACCUGUGGCACGACCAGCGCAACACGGCCAUCCACGGCGUCAUCGUGGUCGAGCCGUCGGACGUCGCCGUCGACGCGUGCGGCGUGUGCGGGGGCGACAACUCGACGUGCACCGAUUGCCUGGGCGUGCCGCACGGCGCGGCCCGGUGGGAUGCGUGCGGCACGUGCUCCGAUCCGACGGCGGCGGGCUACGUGCCCAACCCGGCCAUCGACUGCGCCGGCGUGUGCCAUGGAGAGGCGGUGCUGGACGCGUGCGGGCAGUGCACGGGCGGCACCACGGGCCGGUUGCCGGGCGCGUCGAUGGACUGCAAGGGCGUGUGCGGUGGCUCGGCUCGCGUCGACUGCAAGGGCGUGUGCCGCGACUCGGCCCAGCCGGACUGGCACGAGGGACGGCCGAGCAACGUACUCGACAUCGCCUGCCCACACAAUGA